AUGAUUUCUCCAGAUCAACAGGGGAAAUGUCCCGUGGAUGAGGAGACCAAGAAACUAUGGCUACGAGAACAUGGCAAAGAAGCACACCCUGGGGCCGCAGCCUCGGCGAGUCAGCUCGAGUGCUCUGCAAACCCACAACAGAACGACAAGGACCCUCAAUAUCUCACCAACGUCGGGCUAUCGCGGUCUAGAGAGAUCUCCACUAUACCUAGGACCGAUUCCGAUAAAAACUGGAUAUACCCAUCGGAAAAGCAAUUCUACGAGGCGAUGAUGAAGAAAAACUGGGAUCCAAACUCCGACGAUAUGAAAGUCGUUGUGCCUCUACACAACUCCAUUAAUGAGCGGGUCUGGAACUACAUUAGAGGCUGGGAAAACAAACAAGGUGGCGAAGCGUGUGGCGGCAUCAAAUUAACAAAUUUCAAAGGCGAUUCCAAGAAACUGACACCAAGAGCUUGGUUCAGGUCCCGCGUCUUGCAUAUGGCAAGGCCCUUCGAUAGACAUGACUGGCAAAUAAAUAGAUGCGGCAAGACCGUGGACUACGUGAUCGAUUUUUACUCUACUGAGCCAAACGACGCGGACCAGCAGCAACAACCGCUCAUUUAUCUGGACGUCAGACCAAAACUGAACAGUUUUGAGGGCUUUAGGCUACGGUUUUGGAGAACCUUGGGUUUUUGA